GGCGGCGGCCUAGGUGUGAGGAGAGGGGUUGAAUGAAAAUAGACGACGACACAGGGUGAAACGAGGUGGGUGGCGGUUGGGAUAGAGACGAUAGGAGAGUCGAGAGUUAGGAUUUCGACGACACUACCAGCGACAUCUACAUUUCGCGACUGGCUGCAGGGACGCAAAAAGAAGAGGGACGCCUCCCCACCAUUCGGCCGCGCAUGCGCAACCCAUGAAAUCUCGGCCCGCAUUCGAAGUAUAACACGAGGAAAUUUGCCGCUUACUGUGUAUAAAAUGGUUCCAAAUCGGUGGUAUUCUUGGAUUUUUGUUUGGAAAAUUAACGUAAAGCAUAGGUUACGUGACAAAUACGUGACUUUGGAAUAUAGCAACAUGUGCGACAAACGUCUGUGCGCGUGCGAGAGGAAGAUCCAUCCGGGCUUCAUGAGCCCGUUCGACGAUCGGGUGAAGGCCCUCGACGAGGCGUACGAAAAAUUCAGCAAGGAGGAGAGCCGCUCCCUUCUGAAGAAAUACUUGGACAAACACAUGUUCAACAUGCUCAAGUCGCGUUUGACCAACACCAAAUCCUCGUUGAUGGACGUGAUACAGUCGGGCCUGAAGAACCUCGACUCAAACGUCGGUAUAUACGCCCCUGACCAGCACUCUUACAGCGUGUUCGCGCCCCUGUUCAACCCCGUGAUCGAGGAGUAUCACGGCGGCUUCACGUCCGAGGACGUGCACCCGCCGCUCGAUUGGGGCGACCCUGACAAGUUGGGCAACCUCGAUCCCGAGGAAAAGUUCAUCAUCUCGACGAGGAUCCGUUGCGCGAGGUCGAUAAACGGGUAUCCGCUGAAUCCAACCAUGUCCAAGGCUCACUAUCAGGAGUUGGAGGGGAAGAUACAAGAAGUCUUGAACACGUUAGAGGACGAGCUGAAGGGGAAUUAUUACAGUUUGAUCAAGAUGGACAAGAUAACUCAACAACGAUUGAUAGACGAUCAUUUCCUGUUCAAAGAGGGCGAUCGAUUUUUAGAGGCGGCCAAUGCCAUUAGGUUCUGGCCAAUCGGCAGAGGUAUAUUUUACAACGAUGCGAAAACUUUCCUCGUCUGGUGCAACGAGGAGGAUCACGUGCGUCUAAUAUCGAUGCAGAAAGGCGGAGAUCUGGCAGCCGUGUACGCGAGGCUCGUUAAAGGGGCCACCGAAGUCGGUAAAAAACUACCAUUCUCACGGCAUCGCCGGCUGGGCUACUUAACCUUCUGCCCGACCAACCUUGGAACAACGAUCAGGGCCUCUGUUCACGCCCGAUUCCCCAAAUUGAACACUAAUCUUGAGAGAUUCCAAGAAAUAGCGAAUAUGUACAAUCUUCAGAUAAGAGGCACAAGGGGUGAGCACACCGAGGGCGAAGAAGGCGUGUUCGACAUCAGCAACAAACGUCGGCUGGGCUUAAGCGAGAACGACGUGGUUUCCGAGAUGAGAAUCGGGAUUCUGGAGCUGAUCAAAGAGGAGAAACGACUGCAAGAAUCGGAAUAAAUUGCGUGUCUGAGUGUAUAACCGAAUAACAACCGAGUGAAAACUGUUUCCAAUUCACCCUCUCUUAUAAAUCGAAA